CCUGGCUCGGGCAGACGCGCGCUGGGAGCGCAGAGAGGCGAGCUGAGCGGAGACGGCGCCGGAGCCGAAGGCGCGGAAAGCAGACGGUGGGGCUGGCGGGUGGGCCAUGGCCCCGGGGGGGCGGCUGCUCCUUGGGCUGCUGUGGGCGGCGCUGGUGUCCGGGGAGGGCGCGCGGGGCUUCGGUGACGAGGAGGAGCGCCGCUGCGACCCCAUCCGCAUCCCCAUGUGCCAGAACCUGGGCUACAACGUCACCAAGAUGCCCAACCUGGUCGGGCACGACCUGCAGACGGACGCCGAGCUCCAACUCACCACCUUCACGCCGCUCAUCCAGUACGGCUGCUCCAGCCAGCUGCAGUUUUUCCUCUGCUCGGUCUAUGUUCCCAUGUGCACAGAAAAGAUUGACAUCCCCAUUGGAUCCUGUGGUGGCAUGUGUCUCUCCGUCAAAAGGCGAUGUGAGCCCGUUUUGAAAGAAUUUGGCUUCUCCUGGCCAGAAAGCUUGAACUGCAGCAAGUUCCCACCCCAGAAUGACCAUAACCAUAUGUGCAUGGAAGGUCCAGGGGAUGAAGAAGUGCCCAUCCACAGCAAAACACCCCUUCAUCCUGGGGAGGAAUGCCACAGCGUUGGUGCCAAUUCUGACCAAUAUAUCUGGGUCAAACGGAGCCUGAACUGCGUGCUCAAGUGUGGCUACGAUGCUGGUCUUUACAGCCGAUCAGCCAAGGCAUUCACCGAUAUUUGGAUGGCUGUCUGGGCCAGCCUGUGCUUUAUUUCCACUGCCUUCACAGUCUUGACCUUUUUGAUUGACUCCUCUCGCUUUUCCUACCCUGAGCGCCCCAUUAUAUUUCUGAGUAUGUGCUACAAUAUUUAUAGCAUUGCUUAUAUUGUCCGACUGACAGUCGGCCGGGAGAGGAUUUCCUGCGAUUUUGAAGAGGCGGCAGAACCCGUCCUUAUCCAAGAGGGCCUUAAGAACACAGGAUGUGCUAUAAUUUUCUUGCUGAUGUACUUUUUUGGGAUGGCGAGCUCCAUCUGGUGGGUGAUCCUGACAUUGACGUGGUUUCUGGCAGCCGGACUCAAGUGGGGUCACGAGGCCAUUGAAAUGCACAGCUCCUAUUUCCAUAUAGCAGCAUGGGCCAUCCCAGCGGUGAAAACAAUAGUCAUUUUGAUCAUGAGACUGGUGGAUGCAGACGAGCUGACUGGACUUUGUUAUGUCGGAAACCAGAACUUGGAUGCACUGACGGGUUUUGUCGUGGCUCCCCUGUUCACCUAUUUGGUGAUCGGGACUCUUUUCAUCGCAGCUGGCUUAGUGGCUUUAUUUAAAAUCCGGUCCAACCUUCAGAAGGACGGGACCAAAACGGACAAGCUGGAGCGGCUCAUGGUGAAAAUCGGGGUCUUUUCUGUGCUCUACACUGUCCCGGCUACCUGCGUCAUCGCUUGUUACUUUUACGAAAUCUCCAAUUGGACGAUCUUCCGCUAUUCGGCGGAUGAUUCCAACAUGGCUGUGGAAAUGCUCAAGAUUUUCAUGUGCCUGCUUGUGGGCAUCACGUCGGGCAUGUGGAUCUGGUCAGCCAAAACGCUGCACACCUGGCAGAAGUGCUCCAACAGACUGGUGAACUCGGGGAGGGUAAAACGGGGGGAGAAAAGAGCCAACGGGUGGGUGAAGCCUGGGAAGGGGAACGAGACUGUGGUAUAGAAACACAAACCCUACCCGUGGGCAGUCUCCGCUUCUCCUUUUCUCCCUCCCGGUGUGAGAAGAGUUGCCUGCGCAGCAGAGCAGAAGUAGUUGAUCUGGGAGAGGAAUCAGACAGGAUCUUGGCAGUUCUGCAGAAUUUUGGGGAUUAGUUGGGCAGAGAAGGCUCCACCACAAGGACCCGUGUACUACGAAUGGUGGAGCAGAGCUUCUGAAAAGGAAACACGAAAGCCUAUCAUGGCUUCAGAAAGCUGUGAAAACAAACCUCAGCACCCGCUGGGACUUCUGUCAUAAAGCAACAUCCUUGCAUCUUGAGAAA